UGCCAACGAGCCUCGAGUCAACCGACACUACGUGCUAGUAUGUACCAGAUAUUUUGUCUUUGUCCAGGUCUGCUAUCUUCAAUUGAGCGCUUCAUCGAUUGCACAUUUCUCUUUCUUCAUACUCCCUACCAAUCCACAGCUCUUGAUAGUCCGAUUACUGAAAAAAGGGAGAUAAAAAUGAAACAAACACUGGUGGAGUGUUGUUGUAGUUCCAGAGUAGCAGCCCAUUAAUCAGCUUUAAAGUUGACAUGUGUAUCUUACCCUGCUGAUAUGAUGCAAGCAUACACUUCAUGGAUCUCUUCUAUACAUUGUCCUGUUACUAUAAGCAAUAGUUACCUCCUCGAGCUAUGAACUCUUGGAUAUGUCUAACAUUCGGUUCACUAAGCCUAGGAAUGAUAAUCGUAUUCGUCAAUCUAAAGAUUAUCUCCCUCCACCAAGCAGCAGUCACAAAGAAAGACAAAACUCAGAGCUCAAGAAAGAACCGCCAUGGCACAUUUUCAUGACCAGCAAGUCAGACGAUAGAGACGCUACAAAAACUGAAAACGUAAAAGUGAAAUCCAACCCUGCUAGUGUCACUCAGGAUGGUACAAUUUACUUUCAUCAACAGUCGGACAAUAUGUGGGAUUCACCCACAGUCUCACUUCUUCCAAUUCAACAAAACAGCAUUUCUAAAUCUGGAGACGUUGGUAAUCUUGUUGGUAUCAGAGAUACGAAGGACGAAACAGAAUCUGAGAAAAACCUGAGGGAGAAAGAAAUGGACUUUAUCUUUUCCAGAACGUUCAACACAGUUUUAACACCCACCUUCGGUAGCAAUCAAACAAGCGAUACAAUCAGUUCAGAAAUGUGCUCUAGGGAAAGCUUCAAGGAGCACAAGCCAAUUAGGAAAAACAAUAAUUAUGCUUCUACAAUAGAAACUGGAACUUCUAAAAUUCUCAACAAUGUAAAAAGACCUACACCCGAUAUAAAACAAAAAAGUGCCAGAGAAAAAAACGUCUCCACUACUACUGAAAUAUCCUAUGGGUCAUGUAAAGAGUUAGAGCAACUUUCGGAUCAAAAUGUCGACAGAACAGAGGACGCUAGGAGAGGAACUCUAGCUAAUUAUGCAAAAGCAGCUAAUAGAAAUGAAAAACAGAAUAUGUUGUCAAGAGAAGGUCAAGAUGAUGAACAAAAAAUAUUGGCAUCUUCUAAUCAAGCUCAGUCAAUGAAUUACGAUGCAGAUAGAUCAAAAAGUGAUACUUACUUUAGCAUCUCAGACAGCGCUCAUCAUUUCCAAGAGAAGAGGGGGGUAAUUACGAAAACGAAUUCUUAUAUUGGAGUCGAAAAGAACAGUUCUUCUUAUGAUAAUAGUCAAAACAAUCUGAAGACACGUGGAAGAAACUUGAAAAGUACUAAUCAGAAUGUCAAUGCGUUCCUCGUUCAACAUCAAGUGACAACAGAAAGAAACAAACUUUGUGACGAAAUCAGCACUGUAGACGUAGCUCAAGAACCUUCCUUUCUGGACUUUGAUAAAACAAACACCCAACUCGAUGUCUCCAAGCACUCUUCGAAUGAUUUCCAUCACAAGCUACUUCCUGGCAGACGUCAAGAGCCACGAGGUAGGGCAGACGCAUGCAGAGGUCCCCCCUCAGCAACACUUGACCUUCACCUUAGCUCCAAAAGUGAGAGACGUAACGAGAGAGCGUCGACUCUUGCAAGCUGCAGUUCUGACCUACAUAACGAGAAAUCUCAAAUCUCUCGACAUGAACGAAUGUAUACAGAGUCCAGGGAACGUGAGGAUAAACAAACUAGGAAUACAUAUUCGCCAUCAUUCGGUAAGGUCAAAGUUCACACGAAUACAAAUACUCAGGGUAAGUUUACCACAAACACUUUCAUAUCCACAGAAGAAACUCCAGAAAAUGUCACCCUACCCUCUCCAAUGGAUUAUCCUGACAUUUCACCGUCUACUAGUAAAAUGUUAUUACCAUUACAUUGCAAUGGCAUUAAUUCUAAUAAUUGUGCUGUGGAUUCAUCUUGCAAUAGUAUUGAAAAAUCAUCCUCUAUCUGUGUCAAUAAUUCAUCCUUUAUAAGAGCUGACAGUUCUUCUCUUGAUGAGAGACAACCUUUCUGUAACACUGAAAAAUCAGCAUCCGUAUGUGCUGAAAGAUCCUCGCUGAAACGAAAAUCUUAUGACAAAAUAGCCACCACUGCCACAACGUUUUCUAAAAUAUCCCCAUCAAGUGCCGACACUGAACGUUCCACCUUUGAUGAGCACUCGGCCUUUUCUACUUCUGACAAACAAGCAUGUCUCUGUACUGAAAAUUCAACCUCUAAUUCUAUUGUAAAAACAUCGUUCGAUUCCAUUCUUAGUGAGCAAACAACUUUUUCUACCGUGUCUGAAAAGUCGUCUUCAUGUUUUAAGCCUUCUGACAAAACAUCUCUUUCUUGUGAUGAAACUUCAACUCACUUUUCAGGGAAUCCAUCACUCAAUUUAAAUUUAAUAUCCUUUGAAAAAUCCACUGUCUCAUCCACUGAUACAAAAUUGCAAGCUUCUAACUGUCGUGAACAAAUUUCUUUCAUCAGCUGUACACACAAGUCCACGACACCUUCUACAAAAAAAUCACCGACUUUUUGUCCGAAAAACACAUCGUCUAAUUUAAUCGCCAGUGAAGCCUCGGCCUCGUCCUCUGCAACAUUAUCUUUUGCUAACAAUUCAUCUUCAUCAACUUCCUUGUCCAGCCAUCCAGUUAAUCUCAUCUCAUCUACCGCUUCAACCACCUCGACUAAAACUAAGCCAACCUUUUUCUAUUCACAGUCGACUAGUGAAACUUCGAAUAUAACGAGACCGAGUCUUGCCAAAUGUGAGCCCACAAACAAGUGCCAUUCAAGCAAUGCCAUGGAACAGUCCUUAGCUGCCAACAUGUUGACUUUAAUUGAGAACGACAUGCGCAAGUUUUUCAAAAAUGAAUCGGUAGCAGAAGAUAAUGUCAGACAUUUCGAAAAAAAUGACAUUGGUUUUAAAGAGAAUAAUAUUACCACUCUAAGACAUCAAGACAUGUUAUUGGAGUCGAAAUGUUUGCCUACAGCUAAUGAUCAAACUAACUCUCACAGGACAGACAUUUUCAUCAAUAGACAGGAUUCUAUGUAUGCGAAAGACUUGAAAACUCUAGACUUAGAUAACAGAGAGCUAGAAGUAUUAACACAAUCGCAAGGGGAUAUAACUCCAUUGACAGAACCUUUACAGCAACAUUAUGUAAUUCAUUCGACUAGGAACGAAAACUCUGUAAUUACACCAAUUGAAUGCGUUCCCAUAAAACCAGCCCCUGCAGACGCAGGAAAUAUAACUCAACGCAGCCAACAGCCAACACUAAAUGAGACAGCGAAAAGACAUUCAGACGCUAAUAAACAAUGGCCGUAUUCAGCGCAAACCUUACCCCGGGCAAUACAAGAAAGUAGCAGGGAGGAAGCAAUUCUAAAACACCCUUCUUAUCUCAGCUCUUAUCUUGCGCGUACUAAACUAACUCAACGGAGAUUUCCAAUCCAGCGCAGUGUCAGUUCCGGUGCUUUAUCGUUCCGGGAGCGAAAUUCAACCUUUUUCAGAAGAAUGAACGAUCCUUAUUUGGAUACCCAGGACGAGGCUACUGAUCCAGAUGACAAUGACGAUUUCGGCAUCGAUCUAGACGAGAUGUUGAAACAUCUGGACAAAGAGCGGUCCAGAAGACCCACUCGGAACAUGAGUCGCGGUGGACAACCAGGAAGCUGUAUCUCUGAAAGACCCGGUGACCUGAUUUCAUCAACAUUGCCCGGGAACAGCCGAAGGACUGAGUCCACACGAACCGUUCGGGAGACUUGGUCGUGUGACAGACUGAAGAUGAGGCGGUGCGCACUGGCGGAUCCAUUACGAAUGAUUAUAAGUCAGGAAGAUCGAGAGAGGAUUGAGAAGGAUGUGGAGAGAAGGAGACAGUCGAUGGUGAGAAAAGUUUCGCAGUUCAUCAACAUCCAGCUGGGGCUAAAUAAAGAGGAAGAUUUGAUAUAAACCUUGAAUACUAUCACCAGGGGUCACAGUAGUCAUGCACGAGAACUAAUCGGACGAUUAAUUGUCAGAGGAACAAUUGCCUGAUGAACAUUAAUUGAUAAAUCAAUCAACUGUGUCUCUUCCAAAUAUUGUGUUAAAACUGAAGAAUACUACGACAAGUUCAGGACUCGUGGUGCCUCAGUAGAAGCGUCUGUUUUGUAGAAGAGAUCACUGGUCCCAUUACGGAGCGUGGGACCCAACGCAUUCAUUGCCAUUGAAAUCUAGGGUGGGACUUCAACACAGACUUCAAUAACCCAUCAGAAUUUGUGAGCCCUUCCACGGGACAUGGACGGUCAGAUAAAUUAAACUAUAAAGAAGUGCAUCGUAGUUGCGCGGCAGUUGUCCGCUUGUAGCUAUCUUGCUACGUAUUGGACUCAACCCAAUCGUAGUAAUGGAACCUCAGACGUCAAGACAAGGGAGGGAGAGCUCCAGGUCCACGCCUGUUCGCUAAGAGAAUUCCUGCCAAGUGUCAAGGGAGUAUGGGGCGCCUUGCUACUCCGAUUCCCCGAAAUUGACUCAUUUCCAAUGUAACAAUAUGAACUGUUAGGGUACACAGUGAGAUCUUCAAUUCUUAUACAAGAUUUAUUGCAUAGGUCCUUCUUUUUAAGUCAUUUUAUACAAUGUUCACCAGUCAUUAUUUCACGCAAAUUUUUGAGGAAUAAAUCAAUAAAAUAAAAUAAAAAACCAAUCCACGUUCUAUAAACUAUUAUCAUUCAAUCAUGACUUCUCGAUCCAACUCUGUUCACGAGCUGAAGAAAUGAUCGAAUGUAAGGACCAGGACCACUUCUCCAGUCUCAACUGAAUGCAGGUUUCGAUUAAAAGCAAAUAUUCGGAUAAUCCUUUCAUCACCAACAGACUGAGGACAAGGUUGUGUUCUUUAUAUCUACAAGUCAUGUUUAUAUAAUAUACUUUCGUUUGAAACUAGGAUGCAUGUUUUGUAUAAACUCUUAGGGGCUUUCAUUUAUUUAUUUUGUUCAUGUUCAAAAGCUGUCACUAACUAGAGUCGUGAUAGGCGAUAACUUGUGCAAUCCUUUUAUAAUAAAUAUCAAAC